AUGGCGGGCAACAAGAGAGCCCGGAAGAAGGCCCAGAAGGCCCAGCAAGCCGAAAGCAAGACGAGCUUUCAACCAAGACAACCGAAUGAUCGUCAAAUGAAGACACCCCCCCUGGCAAAUGCAAGCAGCAAGCACCGACCGAAGGUCAACAGUAAUGCUCGCGUGCCUGCUGCUCCUAAAUCAAAAGGCCUCAAAUCUACGACCCUUCCACAAUCGCUGAACCCCAAGAGCAGUCAAACCCCGUCCUCUCCCGACGCCGACAGGAAACAGGAGACCGACACGCGCAUAGAGCGUCCUUUGACUGCCAACCCUACCACGGCCCUAGCCCUUCAACCGCAGAGCCCGACAGCGUUGACCCCUAAGAUUGGCACUUCGAGUUCUUCCACGACAAAGAAGGCCUCAUUCUUGCUUCUCCCACCAGAAAUACGCUGGCAGAUAUACCAGGAGCUAUUCGAUCCACGCCGUGUCGAGAUCCUUCGCCGCAAAGACAGAAAGAAGAAAAGGUCCCAACCCCGGAAAUCUGCCCCCUACCGUCUCUGUCAUCGCCAGUUGGCACCCCGUGAUGCCCAGUCCCAGCGCGUUCCCAAGGAAGGGAGGCACUUUACUCGGCCAUUCUAUCCUCGUACGCCACUGCCAACUGCUCUCAUCUUCACCUGCAGACUGACAUACUGCGAAACAAUCUGUAUUUUCUACUCAAACAUGCAAUUCGUCUUCAGAUGCAUCAAGACCGCUACUCGGUUUCUGAAGACCACCAGUAAAGACACCCAGUCCGCCAUCAAGCACGUGGAGCUCUCCCACACCAUGUACAACGAGCCACAGCUGACCGAGUUCCGCGAGUACAAGUUCCGCAGCGACCGGGCCUGGUUUCUCGUCUGCGACGAGAUCUGCCAGAAGUUCGAGGCCCUGCGUGUUCUGCAUGUCUUCCUGGUCGUGCACGACUGGCCCAUUCAGCUGGAAGUCGGAGAGCGCUGGUCCUUCCCGCUGUUGGUCUUUGGCGAACACGAACCCCUGCUGGACUAUGCGGGGGUCAAUCUGCUGAUGCCCCGAUUCGACAAACAGAAACUGACCUUUGUUUCGCGCAGCAUUGAACAAAGGAUCAUGAAGCCAGAGGCGUUCCAGAUCAGAGAAGAUGAAAAACUGGCCAGACAGUUGAUGCCGCCCCUGAAGGCGAGGAAGGUAUUGAGACUUGGUUUUUGAAAAAAAAAAAAAGGGCCCUUUGUGUUUUUCGUUACUUGCAGUUUUGUCAUUUAUGAGGAUUUCUAUGCUCUGCUUUUGU